AUGUUCCGCGGCCUGGAGUGGCUUUGCACGACUGACGCCCCUGUCUUGUGGCCCGAAAGAAUCGUGUACGUUGGUCUGCGCGAUGUGGGCGUCUACGAGGGGAAGAUCCUGCAUCUGCUCAAACAAGCGCAAGGGCACUUCGCGUCGACGACGCAGGACGUGGAUCACCUAAGCAUUGGGAAGGUGAUGAACUUGCCUUGCAGGGGCUCGUCGCUACGGGAAACUUGGAUGAAGACUGCACCCCGCUGCAGUUGUCGUUCGACACCGAUGCUGUCGAUCCGAUGA